AUGACUUUCCCUAUAUUGCCGGUGAUCUCUUCACCUGCUGAUAAAGGUGAGAUUGAAAAGUUUAGUGUUGUUGGUAAGAUUUUACUUCCAGUUGACUCAUUCAAAAUUUCGAAACACUUUAUCAAUCAAUUUCCCCACUCAAUCGAUGUUGACGUUGAUGCUAGCCAAUCUGAUAUUAAUGCUGAUCAAGCUGUGGAGUUAUUGAACCAUGGUAUAAAAAAAAUCCUCAUUAAAGAAAGCCAAGUUGAAGAUUUUAUAGAAUCUGCUGGCUUACCAAGUUAUAGAUUUAUUGUUAGAACAUCGACAUCACCAACUGAUAAGUUAUUAGCCACCAAAGCAGCUUUUGCAGUAGAUUCAGAAAUCUCCCAAGAUACUUAUAAACAAUUGAGUUCUAGUGGUAAUAGAGAAAUUUAUUACAUUGGAUCUUCAAUUACUCAAGACUUGGCCAAUAAACUUGCUGCAUUAGGUAUAAUUCCGAUUAUUGAAUCAUCAAACUUAUCUACUAAAGUCUCUGAAAGUGGAAAGAUUUCUAUUUCUUCACUCUUCACUUCAACCUUGACAACCGACCGUCCAGAUGGUCUUUUCACUACUUUAAUCACUACACCUGCUCCUGCUUAUACUGCUUUAGGGGUUGUAUAUUCUUCUAUCGAAUCAAUCCAUGCUGCAAUUGCUGAAGGUGAAGGUGUUUAUCAAUCUCGUAAACGCCGUGAUGAAUUAUGGUAUAAAGGUAAAACUAGUGGUGCUACCCAAAAAUUGAUCAAAUUGGAAAAAGAUUGUGACUCCGAUUUGAUCAAAUUUAUUGUUGAACCAAGAGAAGGUUAUGGAUUCUGUCACUUGGAUAAUAACUUCACUUGCUUUCACGAUGGUGAAUUGGUUACCAAAGAUGAAAGUUAUGGUUCUGGUUUGGCUAAAUUAGAUAAUACCUUAGUUCAAAGAUUUAAUAACGCUCCUGAAGGUUCAUAUACAAAGAGAUUAUUUAACGACGAAUCUUUAUUGACCGCAAAGUUGAAAGAAGAAUUAGACGAAUUAAUCGAAGCUGAAAGUGAAGAAGAAGUUUCUUGGGAAGCUGCAGAUUUAUUCUAUUUUGCAAUGGUUAUGUGUAUUAAAAAGGGGGUAAGAUUAGCCGAUAUUGAAAGAAACUUGGAUAUCAAGAGUGGUAAGGUCACUAGACGUAAAGGUGAUGCUAAACCAGCUUAUUUGAAAAAGGAAGAACCUGCGGCACCAGCACCAAAACCUGAACCAAUAAAUCCAGAAUAUAAAAUGGAAACCAUUGUUUUGAAUGAAAAAACUGAUCCAAAACUUGUCGAAAAGGCUUUAACUAGACCAGUUCAAAGAACUUCAGAUAUAAUGAAAUUGGUUUUACCAAUUAUCGAAAAAGUUCAAAAAGAAGGUAACAAAGCUUUAAUUGAACUUACUGAAAAGUUCGAUGGUGUUAAAUUAAAUGAUCCAGUAUUAAAAGCACCAUUUCCAAAAGAAUUAAUGGAAAUAAGUGAUGAUAUGAAAGAAGCCAUUGAUAUUUCCAUUUCUAAUAUUGAAAAAUUCCACGCUGCUCAAUUACCAAAAGAAAAAAUCACUACUAUAGAAACAUCACCUGGUGUCUACUGUUCCCGUUUCGCUAAGCCAAUCGAAAAUGUUGGUCUUUACGUUCCAGGUGGUACUGCAGUUUUACCAUCAACUGCAAUGAUGUUGGGGGUUCCAGCUAAAGUUGCUGGAUGUUCAAAUAUUGUAAUUGCAUCACCACCUGCGAGAGCUACUGGUAAAUUAACUCCAGAAGUUGUUUAUGUAGCUCAUAAAUUAGGAGCUUCAAGUAUUGUUAUGGCAGGUGGUGCUCAAGCUGUCACCGCAAUGGCUUACGGUACUGAAUCAAUUGUUAAAUGUGAUAAGAUUUUAGGUCCUGGUAACCAAUUUGUUACUGCUGCUAAAAUGUAUGUUCAAAACGAUACUCAAGCGUUAUGCUCAAUUGAUAUGCCAGCUGGUCCAUCCGAAGUUUUAGUUAUCGCUGAUAAUGAUGCAGAUGCAGAUUUCGUUGCCAGUGAUUUGUUAUCACAAGCCGAGCAUGGUAUUGAUUCUCAAGUCAUUUUAAUUGGUGUUAAUUUAACAGAUGCAAAAUUAAAAGAAUUCGAAUUAGCCGUUCGCAAGCAAGCCGAAGUUUUACCAAGAAAAGAAAUUGUUGCUAAAUGUUUACAACAUUCAUACUCGUUAUUAGUUGAUAGUUAUGAUGAAGCUUUUAAAUUAUCGAAUUCUUAUGCCCCAGAACAUUUAAUUUUACAAAUCAAAGAUGCUAAGUCCUAUGUUCCAGACUAUAUUCAAAACGCCGGUUCAGUUUUCGUCGGAGGAUUAUCGCCAGAAUCAUGUGGUGAUUAUUCAAGUGGUACAAAUCAUACAUUACCAACUUAUGGUUAUGCAAGACAAUAUUCUGGGGUCAAUACUGGUACAUUCCAAAAAUUCAUUACUUCACAAAAUGUUACUGAAGAAGGUUUGAAGAGUAUUGGUAAAGCUGUUAUGACAUUAGCAGCCGUUGAAGGAUUAGAAGCUCAUAGAAAUGCCGUUCAAGUUAGAAUGGAGAAAUUAGGAUUAUUGUAGAUGAUUUAUUUUUGACACCUUAUAUAAUAUUUAUUAUUAAUUGUAAAUAUACAACAGAGUUU